CUAUCAUACACGCACUUCCGGGUCAACAAUCCAAGAUGGCAUCGCCUGCGUUUUGACAGUGAUGUUUCUGCGUUUUUUCCAGGCAAUUUUUCCGUAAAUACAGACAUUUCUAGCUUAUGAAGAGUUGACAGUCUUAGAUAUUUAUUAUGGGUUCGCUGUUUGGCAAGCAUAAGAAGAAAGAAGAGUCCAGAAUUACGGAACAAGACAAGGCCGUCUUGCAACUGAAGCAGCAGAGGGACAAGCUGAAACAAUACCAGAAGAAAAUCCAGGCAAACCUGGACAGGGAGAGGGAAGUGGCCAAGAGACUGCUGAAGGAUGGCAAGAAGGAAAAAGCAAAACUGUUGCUGAAGAAGAAGAGGUACCAGGAGAACAUGCUGCAGAAAACAGACAACCAGAUUGACCAAGUGGAGAAAAUGGUUGAUGACCUUGAGUUUGCCAGCAUCGAGAUGAAGGUCGUGGAAGGACUGAAAAAGGGCAACGACUGCCUCAAGGAGAUGCACAAGAUUCUGAGUCUAGAGAAUGUUGAGAAAAUCUUGGAUGAAACCCAGGAAGCAGUGGAGUACCAGAGGGAGAUAGAUGACCUUCUUGCGGGCGGGAUCCUGACAGACGAAGACGAGGCGGCCGUGCUAGCCGAGCUGGACGAGAUCACCAAGGCCGACCUUCCGCAGGUUCCAGAUGAGGAUGUCAGCCUACCUGAAGUUCCCAGAGACAGGAUUCCAGAAGCUGAGGCACCAAAGGAGAGACAGCGAGAGUUGGUAGCAGCAUCCUGAGUUUUAUAUGAGAACUGAUUACGUUUUGAUGUCAAACAACUCAACUGUAUUUUUAUAAUUCACUGACAUACAUGUAUGUUUCACAAACCAAUUUCUGUAGGACCCCUUGUAUAAUCUUCCCGUUUUGUGGAUGUGUGUGUGUGGGGGGGGGGGGGUAGGUAGGUUUAAACAAAGUUUACACCUUGAUACAGAUUUGCACAGUCAGAGAAUUUAGAAAGUUUACCAGAAACAGAUACAGAUAGGUAUUUCCAAACACAAAUUUAUGCAUGCCACAUACAAUGUAGGACCUUGUACCUAAUACCUGUACCUAAAACCAACAUUAACUUUAGAAUUUUAGAGAAAGAUUGCAAAGAGUUUUAGACUUUUUGAGUGAAGAUAUGAACAAGGAGGUCAACCUCCCUGAUAUGGAUCAUCAUUCAACAUAGCAUGUGGUGUUAUUUUUAUGAAACUGAAGCUUGACACUUGUUAUAUUUUAAACAACAGAGAACACUGUACAGUGAACUUGGCACAUUAGCACAUAAUGACUUUUUAUUUUCUUGUUUUAAAAAUUGGAAUGCUACCAGACAUCAUUGUGUGAUUUUCUCCUUGUCUAAUGUGAUGUGAUGUACACCUAAUAGAUUUGAUAUGGUUCAAUGUGUCAGUUUAAGAAUAAAAUUGUAUACACAUGUAU